AUGCCUAUCAUAAUCGACACUGUCAGAAUUCUCGAGGACAUUAUUUUCCUCGAUAUUGACAAUGUUGUUCCGUCCUGGGACACAUACUGCUUCGCACUCGAUGUUGACUCUCCUGGACGCAAGAGAAUUGUUUUACGCUUUAAAGAUGCCCAGAUACUCAAGUUGAAAAAUGGUAAGGACAAGGAAGAUAAUUCUCAGGUAUCGGAAGACAAGCUUGAAGAAGAGUCGGUGGUCGAGACAUCGGAAGACGAGUCGGAGGAGGAAUUGGUGGUCAAGAAAGAGGAAGAAGAAGACAAAUGUCCCCAGGCCAUUCCUCUCAGCGCCUCUCCAUGUAACCUCCUUAGCAGGCGCCUCGAAAACCCCAACCCAGAUCCAGACAAUCCCACUGUGCCUUGGCGCUACCUCGUGCGUCCAAUUGGUGCAUCUCAUCUUAGUGCCAAAGCGGAGAAAAGAGAUGCUGAUGAGCAGGAGCUCCAGCAGAGCAUUAAUAUUGCAACACGGUUCUUGAAACAUAUCAAUAGAACUACUAAAUGGGUCUGCGCUGUUGCAUCGCAUGCCCUACAGCCGUCAACACCGCAAGAUAUAUCGUUUCGAAGAGUUACUGCUCUCAACACGCUAUUCGAGACACUGUUCACCCUUUGCAGGACUAUGGAUCCUUCUGUUCCCGAUGCACGAUCAGUUCACUUCCUCAUCUUCCCUGACAUCAAGGAAGAGUACUUGCCUAUGGUGCACACGUCCCUCACCUGUCGCUCGGUAACACUCAGCAACUCUCUCUAUUUCGCACAGGCGACUCAAACCUGGACUCGGUCAUCUUUGGUCUCAGCGCUUAGUCGAAUCAUACCAGCGUCUAUCGUCCCCCCACCACUAAGCCCAGGACCUCAACCCGAGGACAUAUACCUUCCUUUAGCAAACCUGAUCAGUGGCGUUGGUCCUACGCUCCACGCAACAAGCUUAUAA